UGUCAAAUUCCCAACGCACGUGCUUGACAUCCAUUCAAUUUUGCCGUGUGAGUUUUGAAUCUUUUUAACACAAAAACUUUUGCAAUAAAAAUCCAAUAAAAAUGGUCAAAAUACAAAAACCAAUUCCCAAAAAACUGGAAAAAAAACCAAAAUUAGAUAAUCCCAUUAAACAAAAGAAAAACCAAUUAAAAAAGGAAAAAUCUUCAACAAAAAAUGCAAAACUUUUGGAUGAUAGUACUCCGGUAAAGGAAGCAAAAGUUGCACUCAAAACAGGAAAGAAGCCAAACAAAAAGGAUUUAAAUGGUGAGAAGAAAAUUGAUAAGAAACCUUUAAUAAUUGCUCCAGAAUCAUCACCAGAACAAAAGAAAGAAAAGAAAAAGAAUAAAAACAAGACACAAAACGUGGUCAAGAAUGGAGUUGAAGCAGCCCCAAAAGUUGUGGCAGAAAUCCCUGCCAAAAUUAGCAAAAAAUUAGCCAAGAAUGGAGAAGAAACUGCUCCAAAGGUCGUUGCAGAAAUCCCUGCAAAAGCCAACAAAAAAGAUAAGGUUUCUGAAAAACCAGCUAAAUUGGGUAAAAAAGAUAAAAAACAGGCCAAAAACGAAGUGGAAAAAGCUGCCAAAUCCGCAGAAAGCAUUGAACCAAAAAAGAAAGAUGUGGUUCCACCUCCUGCCGCAAAGCCAGGAAAGAACAAGAAUAAUAAAAAAACACCUUCCCUUCCCACUGCUCCCGUGACAACUCCAUCAAUUGAAAAAAUCAAAAAAGUCAAGAAGCCAAAGGCUGCUUUGCAACAAAAGAAGAUAGCAAAGAUUGCUUUCAAAAAGGGACAACUUGCUGCCAAAGGCGAAUCCCCAAAAGUCAAGGCACAAGCACCUGCAACUCCAUUUCGUUACGAUCCAAUUCCCUACGAUGAAGAGCGAUUCAAUUCGAUUGUCAAUGCCGAGAAUAUUAUUAAAGUAGCUGAAGCACUCAAAACUACUGUCGAAAAAGAAGUAAAAACAAAGAAGUCUUCUAUAUUCGAUGACUAUCGGUACUUCUUGCAGGUUGGCAGCUUCAAGAUUCCCAGUUGUCCCAAGAGAAUGGUCAGAUUAAACUUGAAACACUCGUUGGUAGACAAAGACGAUGAUGUUCUUUUGUUUGUUCCUGAUCUGCAACGUGGUGCCAAAGUCGAUUAUGAAGCAACAAAGCAUCAUUACGAAGAUUGGCUAAAAGGACUUGGAGUCGAAGGCAUCACAGUCAUGCCAAUGAAUCAACUCCGCAAAGAGUACGGUACAUUCGAGCAAAAGAGGAAACUCUGUGCCAGUUAUGAAUACUUCCUGAGUGAUGGUCGGAUAAUGGCUCAUGUCGGAGGUAUUAUUGGAAAGUUCACCAAUAAGCCAAGAAACACUUUGCAAUCGGUUCGCCUGAAUGACAAUAAAAACGUCAAGGCUGAGAUUGAAAAGUCUCUGAAAAAGACUGCCUACAGACAAUUGGCCAAAGGGUCAUUGCAGACCAUUCCAGUGGGAUCACAUAAAUUCAGUGCAAAGCAAUUGGCUGAUAAUAUCCUUUUGGUGGUCGAGCAACUGAAACAAGGUUUUCCCGGUGGCUUGGGUAAUGUUCGUACACUUCAUCUGAGAAUUGGUCUCACUGGGACUUCGUCACUGCCUCUGUACAUUAGUAUGGGACAAGCACCUGAUGAAACUCCAACAGUGUUGGGUCCACGAGAAGAGCGAAUGGUCAAAUUGAAACGAGAAGCCAAUGAAGUACUCUCCAAGUUUACCAUGACAAAGGAUGGUAAAUUGGUGAAGUUGACAAAGUCUGGUGUGGAGAAGAAGAGGAAACUCCAAGAAAUGGCAGCUUCCCUGAAGGAGGGUGAAAACCAAGAUGAAGUGGCGGCAAAGAAAGGGAAAAAAACCAAAAAGGAGAGUGCAAAGGGAGAAAAAACAUCAAAAAAGAAGGUUAAAGAAGUGAAGGAACUUGAAUUGCCCGAAAAUGAAGAGGAAGACGAUGAUACCAGCGAUGAGGAUGAUGAAGAUGCUGCUCAACUGGGACAGGGGUCUGAUGAUGAGGAAACAGAAGAUGAUGAGAUGGCAAAUUUGGAUGAAGAAGAUACAGAAAGUGGAGCGGAAAUAGUUGAGAAUGGAUUCGUUGGGGAGGACGAUGAGGAAAGUGAUGAAGAUGAUGAUCAGGAAGUGGAUCAGGGUGAAAAUGAUGACGAUGAUGAAGAUGAUGAGGAUGAAGAUGAGGAUGACGAGGAGGAUGAUGAAGAAGAAGAGAGUGAUUAAGGUAAUAUUGAAGAUUUAUAAAAUAGAACGCAGAUAAGAAUUUUUAAAUAAAAAAAAAAAAAUAUUUAGAGACAGAAGGGCUCUAUGUUAAA